AGUAGUUUGGUAGGACAAGAAGUGAUUAGAACAAAAAACCGAUCUUAGGUGGCAUCUCCGCAUCUCAAUCCAAGAUUCUCCGCUCCUAUACAUUGUCGACAUCACAUUUCUCUACUUCUCCAUUUCUUCACAUUUGUCAUUUUCCUUAAAUCCCCUAAUCCCUAAUCACCGCAUUUUCAUUCUCCACCGCAUUUCUCACUCUUCAAAAACCACGUACCUUUUCUUCUCCCUUCCAAUUCCAUAUAUCCUUCAAUUGAUUUCAAUUUCUUUAACAAUUGCUUAAUUCUGUGUUUGUUGAUUACUUGAUUUGAUUUGAUUGUGGAGUUGAAAGAUAAUGGGGAGUGACAAUUCAAUUGAUAAAGAUUCAAUUGGUUUAUUGGAGAACGAUCGAGAAGCCUGUUCUGGAAAAGAAGGGAAAGGGAAAAGGCUAUGGAAGAAGGUUAAGUACCAGCUUGUUGAGUAUCAUUCUUUGCCAGCUUUUCUUAGAGACAAUGAAUACAUUCUUGGUCAUUAUCGAUCUGAAUGGCCUAUGAAGCAGGUUUUGCUUAGCAUCUUCGCAAUCCACAACGAAACUCUCAACGUUUGGACGCAUUUGAUUGGGUUCUUCCUGUUCCUAGCAUUGACCAUAUACACUGCCAUGAAAGUUCCGAAGGUUGUAGAUCUUAAUUCGCUACAGCAUUUGCCCGACAUCCUCAAGAAUGCUGACCUACAUAAACUACAAUCAGAACUGUUGACAUGCCUACCUUCCAUGCCAGAUUUGCAAAGACUCAGGGAUGAAAUCUCAAGCUGGCAUAUUAAAGAACUUCUGUAUAAUUGUUUGCCUGUAAGAUUUUCCAGUAGCAAUCAUACUGAUGUUUGUGUUCUGCACAACGUAAAAGAGGACCUGGCGAACCUAAUAGCACCACUGGUGAUUAGACCAAUUACAAGGUGGCCUUUUUAUGCAUUUUUAGGGGGAGCCAUGUUUUGCUUGCUAGCUAGCAGUGUUUGCCAUCUCGUCUCUUGCCACUCUGAACGUGUAUCAUACAUUAUGCUCAGGCUUGACUAUGCCGGAAUUGCAGCUUUGAUAUCUACCUCUUUUUAUCCUCCAGUAUAUUACUCAUUUAUGUGUUAUCCAUUUUUCUGCAACCUUUACCUAGGCUUUAUUACUAUAUUGGGCAUUGCAACCAUCUUGGUUUCUCUCCUUCCAGUUUUCCAAACUCCAGAAUUUCGCACCACCCGAGCAUCCCUCUUUUUGGGAAUGGGUUUGUCUGGUGCUUUACCUAUUCUGCACAAGCUUUUUCUCUUCUGGGGUGAACCUGAGGUGUUUUACACAACUGGUUAUGAGAUUUUAAUGGGUUCUUUCUAUGGACUCGGGGCACUAGUUUAUGCCACCAGGAUUCCCGAACGAUGGAUGCCCGGGAAAUUUGACAUUGCCGGACACAGUCACCAAUUAUUUCAUAUAUUGGUCGUAGCCGGGGCAUACACUCACUAUCGUGCAGGGUUAGUUUAUCUCAGGUGGCGUGACAUUCGAGGUUGUUGAUCUAAUGAGCUGAGAUGAUUGUAUGUCGAAUACUCUCUGUUGUGAUUGUUUGAGUAGUAUGUGUGCAAAUCCACUCCUCUAAUUGAUGCAAUUUGUGAUUAUUGUAGAGGAGAUGUUUAUGUAACUAUAGCCUAUAGACAUCAUGUAUACACAUUUAGAAUAAUCAAUUUCCAUGCUUUUCA